AUGGCGUCGGAUCGGAGGGAGCGUUGGAAAUUUGUCUGCUAUUUGGCUGUGGUGUUGCCGGUUCUGGUGCGCUGCGAAGGAAACCAAGUCGUCCUCCUCGACACAACGACAGAGAGUAUCCUGAACUGGACGCGGUAUCCCUACGGGCCUCAAGCGAGAACACCCGGGUGGGUGGAGGAGAGCUUCACCAACUUCGAGCAGGGCAUCAACUGGCGUUCGUACGUGGUGUGCGACGUGGCCUACGACAGCGUCAACAACUGGCUAUGGACGCCGUUCAUCGAGCGGGGCCCCGCGCACCGCAUCUACGUCGAGGUGAAGUUCAGCAUGCGCGACUGCAACCUGUUCCCGGGCAUGGCGCUCUCGUGCAAGGAGACCUUCUCGCUGCUCUACUACGAGUUCGACGCCGCCACGCGCGAGCCGCCUCCCUGGGAGCCGGAGUCGUACAAGCCCGUGGACAGGAUCGCGGCCGACGAAGGCCGCUUCACGUCCAACGCCGAGGUCAUCAUCAACACCGAGGUUCGAUCGGUGCCGGUCACCAAGAAGGGCGUCUACUUCGCCUUCCGCGAUCAGGGCGCGUGCCUGUCACUCAUCGCCGUCAAGGUAUACUACAUAGUGUGCCCUAACGUGACUACGUCGUUGGCGCACUUCCCGGAGACGCCGACGGCCAGCGAGGUGACUGCCAUCGUGACGGCCGAGGGCCAGUGCGUGGCUAACGCCCGCGUGGCCGGGUCGCCACCGCGCAUGCUCUGCAAAGGCGAUGGCAAUUGGACGCUCCCGUCAGGCGGAUGCGCCUGCAUUCCUGGUUACCGGGCCGUCGGAAACUCCUGCCAGAUGUGUCCGCCUGGCACGUUCAAGCCGAGCUCGGGUGACGGUCCCUGCCUGCGCUGUCCUUCAUUCAGCGUUGCCCCACAGCCGGGCUCCACGGAAUGUCGCUGCAAAGAGCGCUACUUUAGGUCUCCCACUGAUCCCAAGACUAUGCCUUGCACGCAACCUCCUCGAGCACCUCAAAACCUGAGCGCAAGUUGUGUGGACCAGUCCUCGGUCACCCUGACAUGGCAGCCACCAGCCAAUCUCGGUGGCCGCGAAGACACGACGUAUCGUGUCGUCUGUGAGACCUGCAGUCCGAGCGUUGUGUUCUCGCCAUCAAGGCAAGGGUUCAACGAGACCAGCGUCACCAUCACGGGACUGCGUCCAGUCACUCCGUAUCGCUUCCAAAUUUACGCCGAAAAUGGAGUCUCUGGCUUUGACAAGGGCCACUUUGCAGAGAUCACAGUAAAGACUGAUGCAUCAGUUCAAACAGUGAUCUCCAAUGUUCGUGCGAAGGCCAUCAAAAGCACCGAAGUUUUACUGGCAUGGGACGCCCCGCAAGACCCGUUUCCCGAGAUCGAUCGCUACGAAGUUCGUUACUUCCCGCGGAAGUGGGCCAAGAAUGAGACCGUGCUGCAGUCGCACAAGUUGCAGCUCGCUGUCACUGGGCUACGGUCACGAACCGAGUAUGGCUUCCAAGUGCGUGUCAAAACGACUCGCGGUUUUGGAGAGUACAGCGACACCGUUUUCCUGACUACUGGCCAGUACACUCACAGCCCAGCACUGGUGGGUGAUGAGGACAAGGUUCAAGUCAGGAUCAUCGCUGGGGCCACUGUUGCAGUCAUACUUCUAGUCGUCAUUGUUAUCGUCAUGAUCAUCCUGUACAUCAAAAGAAGUUCUGACGACUGCAACAAGAAACAGCCCAGUGACUGCGAUACUCUGGAAUACCGUAACGGGGAAGGUAAGAAAUUAGUCCCUGCUUUGGAACACCCUCCAAUCGUUCAGACUGCUCGGCUGACAACACCCCUCUUCACCCACUGCCCGGGAGCCACUUCAAGGGCAUACAUAGACCCACACACAUACGAGGAUCCCAAUCAGGCGGUCCGAGAGUUCACCAAGGAAAUUGAUGCGCUGCACAUCACAAUUGAGGCCAUCAUCGGUGGCGGGGAAUUCGGGGAUGUGUGCCGCGGGAAGCUCAAAUGCCCUGGCCGGCCUGAGGUCACGGUUGCCAUCAAGACGCUCAAGCCAGGUUCCUCUGACAAAGCGCGGAUGGACUUUCUGACCGAGGCUAGCAUCAUGGGGCAGUUCGACCACCCGAAUGUCAUCUUCCUUCAGGGCGUUGUCACCAAGAGCAAUCCUAUCAUGAUUAUCACCGAGUACAUGGAGAAUGGGUCCCUAGAUACGUUCCUGAGGGCGAAUGAUGGAAAAUUCCAAACAAUUCAGCUCGUAGGCAUGCUGAGGGGAAUUGCAGCAGGAAUGCAGUACCUUGCUGAAAUGAACUACGUUCACAGGGAUUUGGCUGCGAGGAACGUGCUUGUUAAUGCCAAUCUUGUGUGCAAGAUCGCUGACUUUGGCCUGUCCCGCGAGAUAGAGAGUGCCACAGAGGGAGCAUACACAACAAGGGGAGGCAAGAUACCUGUACGAUGGACAGCACCUGAAGCCAUAGCAUUCCGCAAGUUCACGUCAGCGAGUGAUGUCUGGAGCUUCGGCAUUGUCUGCUGGGAAGUGAUGUCGUAUGGUGAAAGACCUUACUGGAACUGGUCAAACCAGGAAGUCAUCAAGAGCAUUGAGCGAGGAUACAGACUUCCUGCCCCCAUGGAUUGUUCGGAGGCGGUUCACCAGCUGAUGCUAGACUGUUGGCAAAAAGAUCGGUCACAUAGGCCUCAGUUCAGCACCAUUGUGAAAACGCUAGACAAGCUCAUACGAUGCCCUGAAAGUCUACGAAAAAUUGCUCAGAACAGGCACCAGAACCCACUGGAUCCUAAUGCUCCCGAUAUGACACAGUUCAAGACUGUCGAGGAGUGGCUGUGCAGCAUCAAAAUGGCGCGCUAUCAUGAGAGCUUCCAGAGGAGCGGCUUCACCACGAUGGAGGCUGUGUCGCGGCUCACGCUCAAGGACUUGGCCGCGCUUGGUGUUGUGCUUGUGGGCCACCAGAAGAAGAUCAUGAACAGUGUGCAGACCCUGAGGGCACAGAUAAACGCCACCAUGUCCGAUGGGUGCGUCGUCUAGGCACACGGGACUGCUCGUUGACUUGAUCUCGUGGCAUCUGCUUCCUUAACUUAAGAAAUGGAACUGGAGGCGGUGCCGGAAAAUGGGGAGGCAGCGACAGCGGCAGUGACCCAACGGAUCAAUCCCACCACGUGGGAGAGGCUCCCACACUCGCUAGCUCAUUCCAGGCACAUACUAAACUAGCAGGUUCUAUGGACGGGAACUCGGUAUACGAAACCAUGGGCAUGAUUCCCUGGAUUGUCAUUAUUGCUGCUACUGCAUUCUUGUUUUCUGCACCUAUCCAGGUUUGUUAAAAAUGAGGCAAAACGGUCUCCCAGACAACAGAAAUGGACAAUGUUGGGGCCGGUAUGCCCUGGCUGCUAUGUGGCCUAGUUGGCAAAGGUUUACCAGCUUUGAGUGCUGCAAAAGAUUCUGAUCUUAUCUGCGUCAUGGCAGAAGGUCAUAUCUGUUCAGCUGCAUAAUCAUGCUGCCCAAGAAUUUUGAAGGAUCGAGAUUCCCUCACUGAUCCGAGCACUUCCAUCAGCUGCUAGCUUGAGUUGGAAACUUUCGCUGCAGUUGGUGUGGGCAAAGCUGGACCAACUACAUCGGGCCUAGGUGAAUCUAUAGGAUUGCAAUGCCAGCUGGUGUGACGCAAGUGUGCGUUGAGCUUGUGGUGAGUGGACAAAUCGUCGAAGCACGCAAGCGCCGUGUGGUGGCAGCAGACUACUUCGCUAUGCAACUUGUCGCAAUGAGCGUGCAUCUACAAUGCUGCGGUCGGCUGCCACAUCUUGUUUUGGAAACUGCGGAAGUGAUGAGGACAGUUGAAGCCGAAGCUUGUGUGUGCGCAUGUGUGAGUGUGUACAUAGCUGGAACUCUUACAACAUAUCAGCGCAAGAGAUGAGUGGAACAUUUGAGGCAAACAAACUCGUCUCAAGUGUGCUCCUCCCGGACAAGCCUGCAUAUCAUGCCAACUUUCCCCGCCCCAGAUGACACCCCCGUGUGCUCGCAUCGUUUCAUGUUUGUCGGCAGUGGGGGGGAAUUCCUAAAGGUUGUUUUCUUCUCUUCAUAUCACCUGCCUCUCGAGAGCCCUGAUGAGUUGAUGUUUGUUAAUUGUGUCAGUGCGGGCACUUUUGAGUCUGAACAAUUGUUUUUUCGAGUAAAGCUUAUGUCUUUUCUCAUUGCAGCUUACUGCAUUGAACUACUUUAUUUUAUGGCAGAAAAAUCUGUGCAAAAUUGUGAAAGUUGUACUUUAUCUUGGUUUGUUGACAAUGAGAAAGUUGUCCGUGUGCAGACUACCUUUUUAUUAUUGCAUAUCAAAGCAACAAAAAACGUUUCACUGGUCAUACAUUUUCUUUAAUAUUUUUAAGCUGUCUAAUUUUUUUUCCCCUCUUUCUUUGCCCGAUAAUAAUGUUGCCGUCUUAUACAGAACAAAAACAUUCAUUAAAUGUUUUUUUUAUGAUUUCUUUCUGGCAAUAGUAGUCCGUUUGUAGGCAUGCUGAAGCUACAUGCUAUUGUUUCCGCUUACCUGACUUCCCUCCUGUAGGUGUGCCAUCACUACUCAAUAGGUGCUUCAUAUUACUAUAUGCAAAGUCAUGUCUCCUGGGGCUGUCAGUCAUUGUAUGUGUUUUCUGCCCAUUGACAUUGCCACGACGACGUCUUUAGGAUUUCAGUCGUACUUGUUUCUCUUGUGAACAUGUAUGCCUCCCUGUUGGGUCUCUUGUAUGCCAUUGCUCAACGAACCAAUGCUGCCAUGUUUGAAAGACUGAGUGCACUAGACAGCAGGCUGCUGCAAAUGAAAUGUCCGCAACUCUUCAUUAACUCUCUUUUUUUUUUUUUUGAAGGGAGGUUUUAUAAACAGAAUUCGCUCUCAGGCGUGUUUAGCUGUGCCACAACACUGCAGAAUCGUUAUGCCAAGCCAUCCUCGGACUACGAGUCGUACAUUCUUGUUCGUCGACACAUCACCAGAUUAAACUAUGGUGGUUUGUUUACUUAAACAGUUAAGUGACAAUUCACUUUCCCAGCUUAUGCAUACUACGACAACUUAUUGAAGUGGCAGUGUCAAGCUUUUAGCAGUCCAGGUUUUCAUUUUUUUUAUACUUGUUGCCUGUCUACAAAAGCAAAAGUUGCCAUGUGUGCAAGCGGUUUCAGCAGUCCCGAGAUUUUGUCUGAAAAUCCUGGACGCUCAAUGUAUAAAUACUAGAAUUUGUGCAGAUGCACCAGCAUUGAAGCUGUCGGAGCGAACUGGCUUAAUUGUAGCUUGUAAAUGUGUUGUCAUGUAGGGAAACGUGAAAGUUCGCAAAAUGGAAUAUGAGAUUUACAUAAACUGACAUGGGCUCUCCUUGACCUUGUUUCUUUUCCAGUGCCUAAUGUUCAUGCAGCACAUGUCAGGUAAUCAAAAUUAACUUGAAGAAACAUCUUUCAUGGAAGUAAUUGAUAGGUUACACAUCAUUGAGACCCAUUACGAUUAAGGAAGCAAAAUGUUUUGCAGGUUGAUAUAUGCAGUGCUGAAACAUAAUCAGCCGUAAAGUUCCAGUGCGACAUGGCUACUACAUUGUAAGCAUAUUCGUGAUGCAUUACCUGUUUUAAAUUCUCUGUGCCAUUUACAAAUGCCUCCUUGUCAUGUCAUUCUAAAGAAAUGGCUUUGGUCCAACAUAAAUAAUAGCAAUGACUGCACAUAGCUCGCACAUAGGACAAUUGUUAAAUAUUCACUGGUUAACAGGGUUGUAAUUGAUUAUCGAUGAGCAACUGUUUACUGAAUGUGAACAGUAAUCUGCUUACACUACUUAUGGCAGCAAAUGUGCCAUUGUGGCCAUUUCUGUUCUUAAUUUUCAUUUUCCCGUACUGUCAUUUCUUCUGCUAUUUUGCUUGGUUCAGCAAUGCUUUUUCUUAGGUUCUCCCUUGAUUCUAAGCUCUUCAGUGAGCAAGUGAGAAGCAGCAAUAAGGUAGCCUGUUUCAAUCACAAAAACAAUGCAAGGGCUUCAAAGUUGCUGGCAUUAUAUUGUAGCCCAACAAAUGAGACACAUGGAAGUGGGGAAGUAGUGUACGUUUAUUUAUUUUGCAGUUAGCAACUGCCACACCAUCUUUCUCACUCUUUUCUUCUCUUUUUUUUGUGCCGAAGAUGAUUAACCUGAGUGUUCAAACAAAAAGUAUAGAACGCACCGCAAACAUCUUGAAGUGCUAUGAGUUGGAAGUUAUUUAUUUUGAGCUUAAGACAGCGUAAGCUUGCUGUAAGUGUGAGAGAAGUGUAAUAUAAAUACGAAAAUGAGAAAUGAAAAGCUUGUGAGAUAGUAGAGGCAGACAUUGAGGAAAUGUGUUUUAAGAGGAAUACUCUUAUGUAUUAUAAUAAGUCCUCAUCAUCGUCUGAUCAGUGACGAAGUAUGUUGGCGGAAAUCUGUGUCUGUAUAUGUUUUUUUUUUUUGUGUUGUUGUUUGUUCUGUGUCUGUGGCUGUUAGUCAAAACUUUCUGCGUGACACAUUGACGAUGGAGUAUAUACAUAGGGCUGUUUUCUCUUGUGAAUUUCUUUUUAUUUCGGCGUCGCGUACCGUAUUGUUUUUCCCUUUGUGGGUGUUCAUUUAUUGUGAGUGCAUAUCCCUCUUUUUUUUUUUUUUUCAAAGUAUUUGUGCAUCGCGAAAUGAAAGAAAGAAAAGCGUGCAACGAUUUCGCCCAGCCUACGCAGCAUUGUGCGGUCGUGAGCACGCCUAGUCACACACUUUUGUUCGCAUACUGCCUUGCUGCAAUGUACUGGCGCUUGUGAUUGUCUUUUAUAGCUGCCGCCAUGGACUCGAUUGUGAGGCAGGCAGCUUGUCGUCACUGUUAUAGACCCUUCGUUUUAAAUUUCUGUCGCGAGUUUCAGUUUCUCUAGGUAUGAACAUGAAUUUCUUGUGUCGCCAAGCGCAUUUCCGUUUUUGUUUUUCUCUCUGAAGCCUUAAGGGAUGUGCUUUUUUCUUACUCCCUUGGUUGUCGCGCGAAAGAAUCGUGCCCUUUCCAGUCUUUCGCGUCACAAUUAAGUUAUGAAAAUGUUGGUGCGCAGGUCGUCUAUGUUACACGAAACUGCACAAAGGCAGUGUGUGGCUAUCCUUUGGACAUACGUUUCGUGUAAACAAAACAAAAUACAUCUGUGCUCCCGGUCUGUACAUUUUGACGCAUAUACGAAUAUAAUUGCGCCCCAUGGGACACUAUGAAAUUCUUUCAUUAAUAAAAUUAAUUUUUAUGCUAA